AACAAGACACGAGCGAAUACCGUUCAUAUAAAUAGCAGAGCAAAUCGCAAGUCAUUCCCACUUCUGGAAUCAAGCUCCUCCAUUUUACCCCCCAACCACAACUUCCUAUCUCCGAUCGCAGAAGGAUUUCGAGAGAAGUUCUUUCACCCGAACACCCGAAACAGGUCGAUUCAAGUUGUGGAGCAUACCACCGUCGUAGACACAUACUACUGAACACCAAACAACAAUCCAGAUGUCGUUCCGUGCUCCCCUUCUUCGCGCUCGGCUUCCUCAAGCAGUCCUCUCUCGCCAUGCCCCCCUCUCGACUUUUUCUCGUGCUCUCCCAGCACCUGUGACCCUCAAGACGUCUGGGCUCCGGAGCUCUCUGUUUGCGCGGGCCUUCACAUCUUCUCCUAUCAGCAAGCUUGAAGCUUCGCUUCCUUUGGGAGAUGGAGGUAUGGAGGAGGCCCCCCAUUCCGGUAUCAACGUGGACAAGCCUGUCCGAAUGGAUACACAACCUCCUCCUGAGCCCGGAGCGGAUUUCAACGUGGUCAUGAUUGGUGCUGGCAAUAUCAUGUUUGGGUCCGACGAGGGUCCUUGGAACCAUUCUUUCCGUUUUGAACACAAACUCGGUCCCCGUUUGAAGGUCACCGCUCUUAUUGAUCCUUCACUUGAACGUGCCGAAAAGGUGCUUGACGGCAAGCGACAAUCUUUCGUCGAGUCUGCUUACAAAGACACUAAAGUCUAUAAAACUAUUGAGGACUACCACGCGGAUUUGAAGAACCAAGGCAUACAAGACCCCAACGCUAUCGUUGUAGGCUGCCCUCCUGCCUAUCGUGGCGGUACUACCAAGGGGCAAGAUCUUGAAAUCCAGAUGCUCAAGCUCUUCCCCAAAACAGCGUACUUCAUUGAGAAGCCCGUGGGCACCGGUACUGUCCAAGCUGCCAAGGAGGUCACCCAAAGGCUCGUCGAGAAUGGCAAUAUUGUGUCUGUCGGAUACAUGCUCAGGUAUCUCCAAUGCGUUCAGAAGAUGAAACAGAUCAUCCAUGAGAACAACCUUACUGUUAUGGCCACCAAUGCCCGUUACUCUUGUGCUUAUGAGGCUAUUGCCAAGCCUGCCUGGUGGAACAAGGCCAUUGACAUGGGCCCUGUCAUCGAACAAGGUACUCAUUUCUGUGAUUUAUCUAGGUACUUCGGCGGUGACGUCGAUAUGAACAGUAUCGCUUCUCGCUCCGUUGAAUGGUACGAAGAGCCUGGAAAGCUUUCCAAGAUUCCCAUCGAUGAGUCCAAGAUCGACGAGGAUUUGAGGGUUCCCCGUCUUACCAGUGCCAUCUGGAAGUACGAAAACGGUGCAGUCGGAUCAUUCCAGCACGCCGUUGCUCUUCAGGGUACUGCGUACUCUUGCGAACUGGAAGUCUGGGCCGAUGGAUACCACAUGAGGCUUAUCGACCCUUACAACUCUCCUACUCUCUACGUCAGACGUCCUGGAGAUGAUCACGAGGAACGUCACAGUUACACUGAUGAUGACCCCUUCUUCUCUGAGGUUUCAUCUUUCAUCGAUUGUAUCGAAGGCGGCCCCGACCCCCACAUUCUUUCUUCCUUUGAGGAUGCCACCAAGAGCUACGAGCUCACUUGGGCUAUUCGUAUGGCCUCUGAGGCAUCAAGGAGGCCUAGGGCAUAAGAACCGCCUCAGGUUUAGCCAGCACCACUAUAUUUGUAAAUCCAAAAUAUAUCAAUUCAACAAUGAUAGUUGUGUCCAGUUUGGAAAAAGGGAAUCUUACAUCACAUACGAUUGAAGAGCGGAAUUUCUUUGCAUACCAACCGAUGCCAUCAGCCAUGUAUUGUGUCGUACAAACAGGAGAUUGUUAUCUGUAAGAUUUAAUACGCACCAACCAAUGGUAAUAACUGGCUGGAUAAUUAGGAAAGAUGAUCAUAUGUGGGAAACAAUGUCCACAUUGACUUAAGCGUAAUACCAAUACAGCGUACAUCUUGUAAACAUAUUACGAUUUUCAAGGCC